GAAAUAAGUACAAAAGGUUAAUAUUGGAUGUUACAAAGUUUAUUGCAAUUCUAAAGAUGCAGUCAGUAUAUUUAUUCAACCGUAGUGAUAAUCAAAUUUUGGAAGAGUUGUUGCGAGUUUGCAGUACGGGGAGAGACACCGCCCGCGAACAAUGGAGCUUGCAGGCAGAGCUUCUAGUUGAGCCCGUCGGUUGGGACGCCCUGUGGAAAUUGUCUAAAGACUUCUGUAAAAAGUUUGAUGUAAGAUUUCCUUGUGUUGCUUACAUAUCUGUGACAUCGGUGGAUUUUGAGGAAUUGUCAGCUAGUGCCGAUGUGCUGAGUGUCCAGCAUGAGUCUGUGACAAUACCAGAGACUGUUGUGGAUAUUCCUCUAAUUGAGCUCUGGCCUACCAUAAAACAAAGGGAGGCCAGUAUCAAUGGAGCCACCACAGCAGAAUUCAUUGAUCUUUUAAGAUUCUUCUAUGAAAACAUUUGGAUGCCGUGGGAUGAUCAGGAUGGUAAAUCAUUACUUCCUAAAACAAUAGAGGAGAGAAUGAGCCUUUGGAGUGAUAUGCACAAUGGUUCCGUACCAAACUGUGUUGCUAGAUCUAUAAUCACACUAAGGAACAGUGCUAUUGAUGCUUUCAAAAAACUCAAAGAUUUAGAUUCUUCUCUAUGUGAUGGUAUAUUAGAUGAUGAUGAUGAUUCCCUCCUACCUCCUAGUUACAUAUCAGAGUGUGCAGAGAUGAAUGCACGACUGGACAGUCUAAUGUCUAAAUGGACUCUGUAUGAAAACCCAUUGAUCAGGGAACAAUAUUUAGCUAAGACUAAACACAAAUGGCAGAAGACUAAAAGUAAAAGAAAUGUUGUAGCACUGUGGCAAGGAGGUUCUAUAACGGAGUUUAAUGAGAUAUCGAAAUUUCUUUCCAAAAACCUCACCAACGAUCACAAUCUGUCAGUGAUGGCGUCAGCUGAAGAUGGUCUCUCGCUCGAGCCUGAAGAAGUAGUGAUGUGCAGUCCCGCAUAUGAACUGCCCGAGAUGCCGCUAUCACAAAUAUCUAUUUGCAGUUUUAAUGGUGCAUCCCUAAAGGCUGCUGAAAUGAGAUCCUGCCUGCUGAUGCUGAGCGAGGAGUGUCGGCUGCGUGACCUGACGCUGCAGUGUGCGCAGGUCAACACCAUCAUCGUGAUGAUGAUGGGAACCUUGCACAUUAAAAACUGUAUGCUCGCUGACGACUCCAAGAAUUCACAGAGGGAUUUUGCGCAAGGCAUCGUAGCGAAGGCCGGAGCUAAGAUUGUUAUAGAAGACUGUACAUUUGAAAACUUUUACUCUGGAAUUGUCGUUCACAAGGGAGCACAGGUUGAGCUGAAACAAUGUCUACUGAACCAAUGCGGAGUUGGCAUCCAGAUGUACUCCGGAUCCAGCGUCAAACUGGACGGAACUAUUAUAACAAACUGCUCCGAACAAAGCAUACGAUAUGAAGUGUAUGACAGUUGUGGCAAAGUUGACGAAUCAGAAGAUCUACAAAUUAUGCCAAACUGUAAAAUUGGGUCUGGAAAUUUAGAAAAGGAAGUUUUAACUGUCAACCAUGAUGUUGAAUUAUUUUGAAAUUAUUUUUAGAUAACCAAAAAGUUAUGUUUUAAAUUAAAUAUAUUUUUUGUGUAUAUCAGACAGAUUGCAGACAAAAGACUUGUUAAGCAAUGUAUGUACAUUGAAUUUAUUACAGCCGUUAUAGUAGACAGAUAUAAUUUUAUAUCACUUCUCUCUAGAACAUUCCACAACAAGCGGCGAGCAUAUUAAAUCCAAUCUUUUCUGCUGUUGCUAUUAAAAUAUCUGCAAAUUAUGCUCUUAAUGUAAUCUAAUAUGGUCGUUGUUAACUUCUUUUUGUGCAUGUUAAAGCCACUGGUUAUGUUGUUAAAUCAGCUUUUAUAAUUUUGCUUCAUGUGAACGGAUAAGAUAGAUUUUAGAAUUUAAUGUAUUUAUUUACUUAUAUUAUUCGGACCUCAGUCAAC